AUGGGAGGCUCACGUGGCCGUGCCUGGAUAGACGACCAUGGUGACGGCGGUUUCUGCGGAAAUUUUGCGAACAAGCGACGGGUGGAGGCAGUUGAGUUUGCGGGUUCUGAAUUGGCUCUUUCUCAGCCAGACGAAGAAUCUAUUUCCUUCAUCGGGUCGAAAGUAGUCAAGCGUUGGUCCGAUGGUACCCAUACCAGCACCGGUCGUGCUUUCCCAGAAGUUGGAAACUCCGCAGUUCGUGUAGGGCUGGAAGCUCGGCGCAACCUGAAUCUUCUUGAUUUUACGAGGGUGAAAGAUUUUGAUUUUGACGGCCCCCCUGAGAGUGCAGCUAUUUGUGUGCAUUUUCACCACAAACGUGAGUUGGCCUUGAGUGCUAGUGCCGACUCUCGGGUGAAUAUAUUUAGGGUGGACGGUAAAAACAACAAGCUGUUUCAGACACUGUCGAUAGAAAAUGUAUCAAUUAAGAACGUAGAAUUCAGCAGGAGUAGCGAUUACACUAUUAUAUGCGGCAAAGGGAACUUAUUAUUGGGCCAUCUUGAGAGAAACACCGUUGAGAGGGUCCACAUGCGUAGAGAGACGCUCGUCCGCGGUACCUUUGCUCAAGCUCCAGGCACAGACUUGUUAGGUAUUCCAGGAUCAUCCGAAGUGAAUAUAAUUUCACAAACGAGCCGCACGUGUGUUAUGAAACUCAAUACUACUGGUACGUCGGUUCGUGCAUGUGUAUUUUCACACGCCGGGAUGGAGAUAAUCGGCGUCACAGAUGAUGGAUUGCUUUAUUGUUGGGAUGUUCGGAUGCAGCGUUGUCUGAAAAAAGCAGCUGGUUUUGAUGACACAAAAUGUAUAUGUUUGACACCUGACGGUGAGAAAAUCAUCACGGGGCAAGGCAAUGGCAUAGUCAGCGUCCAUAGAUUCGCAGAUGUGGACUGGAGUGAUCCAUAUAAGAGAAGAACGCAGAGUCCAGCAAAGCGCAUAUCAAGUCUUUCGACAUCGGUCACAUCACUAAGUUCAGAUCCUCAUGGUGAUAUCAUCAUCAUGUCGUCAUCAUUCAAGAAGAACGCUUUACGAGCCUUCCACGUCCCUACGUUAUCGAUGGUCAAAGCUUGGCCAACUAGCUCAACCCCUUUACACUACGUCUCGUCGACAGCUUUCAACAACGAUGGCACACUUCUGGCCGUCGCGAAUGCGAGGGGUCGCAUACUCACGUAUCGAGUUUGCUCUCGGCAAACAAAUGCAUGA